AUGGGUUUAACAAUGGUUAAGUUCAAUGAUGAAGCAACAAGGGACCAUGUUCUAGAGAAUGGCAUAAUCCAGUUUGACAGGAAACCUUAUUGGGGCAGUAAAUGUCUUAGUGCCCUUGUUAGUACAAUAGGCAAGCCAAUAAUGGUAGACAAAUACACAAGAGAACGCUCACGUAUUCAGGUCGCUCGGGUGCUAGUUGAGAUGGAAGUUACGGAUAACCCUCCUACAAGUAUUCAGUAUAUUAAUGAACGUGGUCAAAUCAUGGAGCAAGGAGUUGAAUAUGAAUGGUUUCCAAUUAAAUGCAAGAACUAUUCUGGUUUUGGUCAUUCAAUGACAGAUUGUAGGAAGACUAAGAAUGCUCAGUGGGUCAUGAAGGAAACCAAGUUAAAUAAGGAUGAAAAAGCUCAGAGUUCAGCUGGUAUUAAAGCUGUAGAAUCGAAGGGUACUGAGAUACAUGUGGAUACUGAUAAGGUUGGAGAUCAGACUAGUUCAGAAGAAUUCAAGACACAGACAGUUCAGGGUGACCCUCUUUUACCAGAUAAGGAGGUUUCAGCUGGGAUUAGGGACAUUAAUCAGGCAAGCCUUCUAUGGCACACUCCAAAAAAGGUUGCUGCUCAUUCAAAGGAGGGACAGGGAUCUGUUAAAAAUGCUAAGGUGACUGGGCAAACGAACAAGAAUAGUAGUAAUAUAAUAAGUUGGAAUGUAAGAGGGCUUAAUGGAAUUAAUAAACAUGGCCCUGUUAGUGAUCUUUGUAAGAAGUACAGAAUAGGAGUUGGUGGCCUUUUAGAGACCAAGUUGAAGGGCAACAAAAUUAGUAGGUUUGUAGAAUUUUGUUUUCCGAAUUGGGAUUACUAUACUAGUCCAGAAAUUGAAGGGCGUCUUUUGAUUGUUUGGAGGAAGUCUUUUGUGAAGGUUACUAUCUUAGAGGAAUCAAAUCAGUUUAUUCAUUGUUUGGUUAAGUUGACUGGUGUGCAGCAGAGUUUUGGAGUUACUUUCGUCUAUGGAAUGAAUUCUAUAAAAGGAAGGAGAAGCCUUUGGGAGGGGCUAAGAAGGCCUUUUCAUAAGGACACAGCUUGGAUUUAUCUAGGGGAUUUCAAUUCCCCUUUCACAAGCAAAGAUAGAUCGGGUGGGAAACCAAUUUCUGGCUUGGAGUUGGCUGAUCCUAAUAGGUGGCUUGUAGAUUCUUAUCUAGAGCAUUUAAAAAGUGUUGGGUCUUAUUUUACUUGGACUAAUAAUCAACUUGGUGCAGCUAUAAUCUAUACUAAAAUUGAUCAUGUUCUCAUUAAUGAGAAGUGGGUGGACUUAUUUCCUCAAGCUACAGCUAUGUUCAGUUGGGAAGCAUUUUCUGAUCAUUGCUCUUGUCUAGUCAAUCUUCAGGUUCAAGAGAAGCUGGGAAUUAAGAUAUUUCGGUUCUUUAAUUAUUGGAUAGAGCAUCCAGAUUUUCAUGUUCAGGUUUUAAGAAGUUGGAAUCAGCCAAUUAAUGCAACAGGAAUUCAGGCCAUUUUCCUUAAAAUGCUGAGAUUGAAACACUGUCUGAAAGUGUUUAACACAGAUAAGAUAGGUGACCUGAAGGCUAAAUUCUAUAAAGCUAAAGAGACCUUUCAAGUAGCUCGUUUACCAGCUCAAGCUUAUCCCCAUGUAUUGGAUUUUCAGGAAGCUGCUGAGGCUUAUUCAAAGCGUAAAUCGGAGAAUGGUAUUGUCUCUUUCAUAGCUGAAGAUGGAAAAAUGGUGGAUAAUUUCUCAGAAGUGGUCUCUCAUUAUGUGGGGCAUUUUAGAGACUUUUUGGGCAGCUCUAGUUCGACCUUAGGGAGUAUUAGUACUCAGAUAGUAGAGAUGGGACCUCAACUGUCAGUUUUGCAGCAAAUGAAACUCCUUAAACCUUUUUCUAGGAAGGAGAUUAGGGAGGCUCUCUUCAGUAUUCCUAUAACCAAAUCUCCGGGCCCGGAUGGGUUUGGUUCUGGAUUUUUUAAACCAAUCUGGAAUGACAUUGGGGAUGAGGUGUGCGUAGCAAUUACCCACUGUUUUGAGUUAGGUAUUUUCCCUUCUGAGCUCCAUGAAACAACCUUAUCUUUGAUUCCUAAGGUUGCCAAUCCUUCAAGGGCUGUAGAUUAUAGACCCAUUGCUUGUUGCUCAACAUUAUAUAAGUGUAUGUCGAAGCUGAUUUGUAAAAGAUUGGCCGAUAUUCACCCUGAUCUUAUUCAGCCUAAUCAGGGAGCAUUUGUCAAGGGUCGGUAUAUUGCCCACAAUAUUAUGAUAUUCCAAGUUCUCAUCAAAAACUAUGGGAGAGCUACUACUUCAUCGAGAUGUGCUAUCAAAAUAGACCUCAGAAAGGCCUAUGACACGGUUGAUUGGGUCUUCCUUGAGAACCUGUUGAAAGCUUUGAAUUUUCCUAUGAAAUUUAUUGGUUGGAUCAUGGCUUGUGUUAGGAAUACAUCUUACUUUCUCUUGAUGAAUGGUAGGAUACAGGGUAAAUUUAAAGGAAGGAAAGGGCUGAGACAAGGAGAUCCCAUGUCACCUUUGUUGUUUGUCAUUAUUAUGGAAUAUCUGACUAGGAGUUUGCAACAAGCUGCUCUUAAUUCUCCCUUUCGGUACCAUCCAAUGUGUAAAGGUCUCAAACUCAUUAAUCUUUGUUUUGCAGAUGAUUUAUUGUUAUUUUGUAAAGGUUCUCUUGCUGCUAUUAGAGUUGUCAAAGGGGUGCUUGAUAGCUUUGCUACAGCCACAGGUCUUUCUAUAAAUUCAGAUAAAUCGCUGAAUUGGGCGAGUAGACACUUGUCUUUUGCUGGCCGGAUUCAACUCAUAAAUUCAGUGUUACUUGGGCUUCGAAACUAUUGGAUGUCUAUCUUUGUUUUGCCUCAAAGCAUAGUUAAGGAAAUUGAGAGGAUAUGUAGGGGCUUCCUGUGGGGUUCAGAUGGGCAGAGAAGUAAAUUACACAUUCCCUCUUGGCAGAAGGUUUGUCUUCCUAAAGCCUAUGGAGGUUUGGGUUUCAGAGAUGGAGCUACUUGGAACUGGGCUGUGUUAGCUAAAUAUGUUUGGGCCUUAUCUGCGAAACCUGAUCUGCUUUGGGUAAAAUGGAUCCAUUCCAUUUAUCUGAAAGGUGCUGGCUUCUGGAACUAUGUCUUAAUAGCAGAUUGUUGUUGGUAUUGGCGAAAACUAUGUCAUCUCCGGGAUCAUUUUAGGCCUACUGAUAUCAUCUCUGCUGGUGUGCAAGGGAGAUUUAAAUCCACAAGAUUGUACAACAGUCUUUUGGUUCAGCAAAGGGAUGAGUUCUACAGAACUAUUUGGAGCAGAAUCUUUCUUCCAAAUCACAGAUUUAUGCUCUGGCAAGUUGUAAAUUCUCAUCUGUUAACUAGGGAUAACCUUAGUAGGAAGCAAGUUCAGCUAGCCUCUGAGUUAUGCCCUGUCUGUGACAGAAUUCAGGAAAGCCACUCCCAUCUAUUCUUUGAAUGUAACUUCUCUACUCAGCUGGUUAAACGUAUAUUUGAUUGGUUGGGAUUUGAUGCUUGGCCUCUAGACUAUUAUAGUUGGUUGGUGUGGUUGGCAAGGGCCCGAAAAGGAGUUACAGCUGAUAUUGUUAAUCUAGUCUGUGUUGCUGUCAUCUAUAGCAUUUGGAUAACCAGGAAUCAAUGUUUUUAUGAAGGCUAUUCUUCCACAGUUCUGAAGCUAGCUCGGGAUAUUAAGUAUACUACUAAAUAUAGGCUAAAUAUAGUGUCUAGAAGACUUGUUUCUGUUAAAGAUCAACUGUACAUUCGGCUUUUACAAUGCAGAUAA